AUGGUGGUGAACAGCCGCCGCCAGGCAGAGAAAGCAGAGGGUGGGCAAAAAAACUAUGGAAGCAGGGAGGGCAGCGCAGCCUCUCUGUCCAGCCCGCCUGCCGGCCAAAAGGAGAUGGCCCAGCCCACCAGGUGGAAGAAGGCGGCCAGCAGCUUCCGUGGCGCCAACUACGUCAGCGGCCGGGGGCGUGGCCCAGCGCAAAGGGAAGCCAGGGCCGAGAAGGCCGGGCUCCGCGGGGAGCACUUUGGAUUGCCCGCUUCGCCCAAUGAGAGGCGGGGGGCGGGCUGUGUGCUUGAGCGCGCGCCGCCCGAGGGUAGCGAUUGGCUGGCGCCGCAGCUCCGGAACGGCCCGAGGAGCGCCCGUGGCGCCGAGCGAGCGGGCAGAAGAAGAGUCGAGCGGCGCGGCGACAUCAUGGGCGCUGGGUGCGCGGCGGCGGUGCUGGGCGGCCUUCUCCUCGUCCUCUGCGCCUGCCGGGGCGCCUCUGGGGCAGUUCGACCUGUAGCUGGCUUUAUAAAGUCGCCGCUCUCUCAAAAGACCCUGACCGAGGACAGUGUGGACCUGCACUGCGAGGCCAUCGGCAGCCCCAUCCCAGAGAUCCAGUGGUGGUUCGAGGGGGCCGAGCCCAACGAGACGGCCACCCAGCUAUGGGACGGCGCCUGGCAGGACCGGGUCAAAAUCAACGCCACCUACAAGCAGCACUCCACCAGCACGAUCUCCAUCGCCAACCUCACGCUCAAUGACUCGGGCACGUACGAGUGCCGCGCCAGCAACGACCCCGACCGCAACCACUUGUCGAAGAGCCCCAAAGUCAAGUGGAUCCGUUCCCAGGCGAACGUGAUUGUCAUUGAGCGUGAGUGGCCGCCCGCGGGUGCUGGCAGCCCGGCCCCAGCGUCGAAAUGCCUCGGGCCUUGCCACGCCUUUGCCCCCCCCCCACCUUCACCUGUGUCCUGUGACUUCCCGGAAACUCACCUGCACCUUCCUGCCCCAACUAUUAUCCCCUCGUUUGCUUCCCCCCCUUCUCCCCACUAUGAGAAGCUUGCACCUAAAUGUUCCUUCAUGGGGACAGGGGCCAAAAUCUCGGCCACUCCAGAGGUCACUAGUGGCACAAAUGUCAUCAUUUCCUGCAAUAUCACAGAACCACCCACGGCCAUCAAAGGCCACUACUGGAUGAAAGGGGGCGUCAAGCUCGAGGCCAAUGAGAGCGCACCAGAUUUCACCUGGUACACGAUACCCAAAGUGGAUCAUGAAACUUCGGGGGAGUACGACUGCAUCUUUGACACCACUCCCCUCUCGAAAGCCACUGUGCUUGUGAAAGUUGUGCCGCACGUGUACGCCUACAAGAAGUCUGAGCACGGGAACGAGGGGGACAUGGCGAUCCUGGUCUGCAGGUGUAAUUCUUACCCUCCAGUCACCCAGUGGACUUGGUACAAGAUGGUUGGCGAUGUGGCCCAGCCCAUCAUCAACGGCAGCGACCGGUACUUCAUCAAGCAGGAGGGCAACCGGACAGAGCUGCGCAUCUCCAGCCUCGACAUGGAGAAGGAUCCGGGCGAGUACAGGUGCAACGGGACCAAUGAGAUGGGAGACAGCAGUGCCCUGGUGGGCUUGCGGGUGCGCAGCCGCCUGGCCGCCCUCUGGCCGUUCCUGGGCAUUGUGGCCGAGGUGCUGGUCCUCGUCACGAUCAUCUUCAUCUACGAGAAGAAGCGAAAGCCCGACGAGGUCGCCGAAGAUGAUGAUGGAGGGUCUGCACCACUGAAAAGUAAUGCCACGAAUCACAAGAAUGUGCGCCAGAGGAAUGCAAAUUAAAUGGACAGCAAGGUGACAAGCCAGCUAAGCAAAUUCCUCGGAUGUCUCUUCUGCUGUCUUGCAUUGUAGCACCAAGAAUAUACUAGUGCAGCCUUGCAGAAUCAGUUUAACUUCAUUUUCAGUUUAACUUUAAUUUUCUUUUUUUAAUUAUUAUUAUUAUUAUUAAGUGGGGGCGGGGGGGGGGAGAGGGAGGCACUCAGAAGCAUUUGUUUUUCUACCGACCAGUUUUCACACUUGCCCGCUUCCUUGGCAAAGGUUGAUGCCUCCGAAAGGAGAGCUGUCCCUUUUGGCUCUCCUGCUCUCAGCCAGGCCUUGAGGCAGCGAGCAGACUGGUGGGGCCGUUUGCAGCCCAGUUAGGGGAAGACACGGCCCGGUUUCUAAAACUUCUCUCCAACUGCUGGACCUGAAAGUCCCAGGCUUUGAUGCAAGGUUUUGCCUCGGACGAGGGGGGAGAGAGACCCAAGACAUUCUAGGGCCACUUUUGGGGCUGAAAAUGAGCCGCUUGCUGCCUCAUCCUCCCCCACAGAGCCGCCCUUCCUCGGGGACAGGCCUCUUGGACAGGGUUCCCUCCCCAGGCCUCUGCCCCUCGCGCCCUCUCUGACCCCGUAGGCAGAAUUCUCUCGCCCGCUUUCUCUCGCCCCUCACCCCCGAGAACCAAGUGCCAUAACGAUUGGGAAACGAGACUUCGCAAGCGUCGCAUUUUGGUCUGUCUUCCCCCCGCUCCCUGAAUCAAGGUUCACGCCGGUGCAUGCCCACGCCAGGAUCGCUGCAGUGCACUGUUGCCUCUUAAUCUGCUGCUAUGAGGUGGGGGGGGGUGGCCACGGGGCCAGCCGUCACAGCCACUGCAGGAGGCCUCGCGCCCCCGGGAGCAGAACACUCGCGCAGCUGUGCCCCCCUGUGGGUCAGUCACGACGGGGGGGGGGAGCUGGUGGCCACCUCUGUCUGGGUUACUGUUGGAAUAGUUCACCUGUUUGUUGAAAACAAGAUUACUUUCUCCCCA